AUGACCAGCCCAGCGAGGGCUGUUGCUACGACGCAUCCGCCAACUCCGCUGAAACCAAGCUCUGGCCCUGGGCCGAAGCUGGCGUGUGGGGGCGCGAUGGCCCUAGGCUUGGCCCUGCUGCGGCGCAGCAUCUCCAAACACCGGCGUGUUCCUGGGCCCCGAUUCGUCGCGACCCGUGCAUGGCAGCAGCCACUCUCCGGGAAGUUGCCCGAGCCACUUCGUGCCACAGACGGUCGCAAGCCUGGCGCUGCGCCAGAGGACGUCUUCACGCUUGACACCAUCACUCAACGCAUGCCCAAGAUCAUCCAGUCAACCGUUGCAGCGAUGCCGUCGGCACUGAAAACCAGCGACUUUGAGCAGAAUGUCAAGGCGUUGCAGGAUGAGAUGAAGGAAGGAGCUCAGCUACGACUUCUAAGAGGUGACAGCCCACGGGUUGGAGCAGAUAGAUGGAACGAGCAUCUUACGGAAUUCAUUGAUCGUGGAGAAGGCUGGCAUACUGCGCCCUGGUGGGUGGUGGAGAACUACAUGUAUAAACGGCUGCUUGAGGUGCCGGGAAAGCUGCGCAGGGCUGUGUCGGAUGGGUGGAACCCUGCAAUGGCGGCUUCCAUGCCGGCCAAGCCAGCUAAGGCCAGCAUAGCAGAUCGGAUCUUCGGGUUGUUUUCAUGCACGAAGCGGGCCCUCCAGCUGGUUUGGCUGACCAGCCGUCCCUUGACCUUCGGCCUGGCCUUCCUGACGCUGGUCAUGGGUGCUUUGCCUGGACUCCGAGCAGCUACAACCAAAAGGGUCAUCGACGCCGUGGUCUCGGGCAUCUCUUCGGGGAGCCACGCGGAUGCGGUGCUGUGGCUUUCCGUGGAAGCCGCUUUGGUGGUGUCCCUGGCUGCCACUCGGAGAGCCCAGGAAGUGGCCGAGUCCUUCCUGGGCACUCUUUUGGGGCACCGGGUGAAUGUAAUGAUCCUGGAGAAAGCCCUGGAACUCCAGCUCACGGACUUCGAAGACUCGAAGCUCUACGACAAGCUGACACGGGCCCGCAGGGAAGCCAGUCGCCGUCCGCUGUCUUUGGCACAGCAGUCCUUGAGCCUUAUUCGAAACGGCUUGGCCCUGGUUGGGUAUGGUACGCUUCUGCUGAGAUUCUCUCCCCUUGCUGUCGCCGUGCUGCUCCUGACGGCGGUGCCGCCUUUCAUUGCCGGCGUGAAGUUCGCAGGAGACGCCUUUCAGCUGGCGCGCCGGCAAACAUCGGGAUUCCGUGAACAGAUCUACUUGGAGAGGGUCAUGGCCAUGGAUACGCCGGCAAAGGAGGUGAAGCUCUUUGGCCUGGGCCCCUGGCUCUUGAUUUUUGAUGGCUUCUUUCGAGACACCUCCAGCUUGGCCCUGAAGCAGGGAGGCUUUGGCUUCUUGUUGGAGCUUAUCAGCACGGGAGGCCUAUACAUGGCCUUUGCCUGGGUUGCGAUUGCGGCGGUGAGGCAGACGAUCAGCCUGGGAGACAUGACCAUGUACCUGCUCAUCUUCAAGGAAGGCCAGCAGGCCUUCUCGGCCAUCUUACGAUCCAUAGGAGGCAUGUACGCAGACAACCUCUAUCUCUCCAAUCUCUAUGAGUUCUUGGAUUACAAGGUCCAGAAGAGCGAAGGCACGAAGGAGUUGGGCCCGAAUCCGGGAGAUGGUGUGCGCUUCGAGGACGUCUGGUUUCGAUACCCCGGCGCCACAGACGAUACCAUCAAAGGCGUGACGUUUCACAUUCCCCCCGGGACCCGCUUUGCCCUGGUUGGGAACAACGGUGCAGGAAAGACGACGCUGAUCAAACUUCUGACAGGCCUGUACCAGCCAAGCAAAGGCAAGAUCCUGCUCGAUGGAUUGGACCUGAACGACUGGGCUCCGGACGCAUUGAAAAAGCGAAUAGGUGCCAUCUUUCAGGACUUCAUCCGCUAUGAACUCACCGUCGGAGCAAACGUAGGUGUGGGAGACAUCGACGCAGUCGACGAGGAGUCCCGUGUCGCCCGGGCAGCUGAACGUGGGAUGGCAGCGCCCUUCAUCGAAGACUGGCCUCAGAAAUACCAGACACAGCUCGGGAACCUCUUCAUGCGCGGUCGUGAGCUCAGUGGUGGGCAGUGGCAGAAAGUGGCCUUGAGUCGAGCACUCAUGCGGGAAAGGGCUGACCUCUUAGUCCUAGAUGAGCCAACUGCGGCGAUGGAUGCGGAGGCAGAAGCCGCGAUUUUUGAGCGCUUGGCGUCGCUUUCAGCCGACCAAAGUGCCCUGCUCAUCAGCCAUCGAUUUUCGACUGUUCGAAUGGCCGACACCAUUGCGGUCUUGAACAAUGGUGUGAUCGAGGAGUUUGGCAGUCACGAAGACCUCUUGGCGCUGGGAGGCACCUAUGCCAGACUCUUCAACUUGCAAGCCAAAGGCAUGCUUCAGGAGAUGGACCGUUGCGGCUCAGAGGCUGCCUCUUAUGACCCUUUUGAGGCCGUGAAACUGGAGGCCUUGGAGCAAUCCGCCGAGCCCCUGGAGUCUUCCUUGCAGCCACUGGUGAAGCUGACAGCAGAGGCCUCCUCCGAGGCGCCCGGGUCCAAGGCCCGGCGGGAGGCCUUGGAGGCCUCUUUGCUGCGGUCGCUCUGGGGGAACCAGGCGGACCUCUCGCUGAGCGCCGGCGAAGUCACCUCGGUGAGUGGAGGGCAGCUGGAGAACCUCGUGUCGGAUCAUCGCAGCGAGGCCCUCGACUUGCUGUUGGCCUCGAAAAAGGUGGUGGUUGUGAUGGAUAACUACGGACUGGAGGUCCUUUGCGAUUUGGUCCUCGUGGAUGCGAUCCUCUCCCUAACCGACUCCGCGGUAUCAUUGCAUGUGAAAGAUGCCCCGGUCUUCGUGUCGGACGUGACAGACAAGGACGUUCCCAAGGUUCUGAAGUGGCUCGAGACUCGACUGCCGGAGUUGGCUGGGCGACUGAAGGUACACCUGGGAACGGGGCGGCUGAAGGCGGAAGCCCACAGCUACUACACAACGGCCCGGUCAUUUUGGGAAGUACCGGCAGAGCUGCAGUCCGACUUCUCCGACGCAGCCGUCGUGUUGAAAGGGGAUGCCAACUUCCGACGACUCUUGGGUGAUCUCCACUGGCCGUACGACACCGACUUCGCCGAGUAUGCCGGAAGCUUUUGGCAGGGAUCAGGUCUGAUCUGUCUGCGGACGAUGAAGAGUGGCGUCGCUAUUGGUAUUCCAGACAGCGAGCAGCAACGGGCGCAGGAGGCUCGAAAGGACGACUGGUUGACUUCCGGCGUUUUCGGACAGGUGUUGACCUUCGACCGUGGUGCCGCCUAA